CAGCUGAUAACAGCUUAUUCCCAAACAAUUUGCAUUUGCUGUUCAAACAAUUAGAAAACGCAAAUGGGCAGAAUGCCCAUGUGUCGAAUUUGUUUUAAAGAAAGUUUGGAUAACUUUUCUAUUUUUAAAUAUGUGAAGAAAAACUACUUGCCCAGCAUCAUUUAUCAUAUCAGUGGAGUGAAGGUAUCUAAAGAGCAUGACAACGAUGCGCAAAUUUGUCAGCAUUGCGCUGCAUCAGUAUUGGUCGCCCAAAAUAUUAUAUUGCGGAUCCAAGAAUCGGAGGAAUUCUUCCAAUUUCAACGAUUACAGGAUAGUUGCUUGCAAAAGCUACCUCAUAGUACUUCUACUAAUGAAUACUCCCUACUAAAUGAUUAUGAAGUAUCCCAAGCUGCUUCCACCAGCAGUGGGGCAAACGUAAUAACAGAAGUUGAGCCAAUUAUAUCAAAUAGGUCUGAAGAAAUCGACACAAACUGUUCAUCUCUUUGUGAGCCAGCGUCUAAACGCAGCAAAAAUGGUGUCACUACAUCGUCACAUAUAUUUAACUGUGAUCACUGCGAUUAUAGCACAAAGAUAGGUAAACGUAUAAUAGAACAUAGACAAACUAAACAUGGUGUCUGUGACCCGAACAUCUACGCCUGCAACCUGUGCACCCAAAGUUUUUCGUGGAAGCCGACACUCUACCGACACAUAGAACUUGUCCAUAAAACACUGCCGGCAGAAAAAAAGUAUCUGUGCAAUGAAUGUGGGCGCGCCUAUAUGCGUGAAAUACACCUUGUAGAGCAUGUAAAACAACGGCAUGGACCACGCAACUUCAAAUGUCCUGAUCCACUAUAACAAACUAGCAGACGCUAUCAUUGCGUGGAUUGCGAUAAGUACUUUAAAGUCUACGAUCAGUGGAAGUAUCAUAACGAAGUGAUACACAAAAAUGAGACAGUAUAUUGUUCACAUUGUGGAUACCCUUUCCG